CUCCUCUCCCCUCCGCCAGCGCGCGCGCUGGACUGGCCCUCCCCGCUCAGUGGGCGGAUCUGUCGGGAGCCAUCCGACCCGCCCGAGGCUGGGCCCCGGCUGUACCGCCCUCCAGCUCGCGGACGCGCCCCGCCCGUCCGCCCGCGGGGAGCCCAGCCCCACGCGCCGGCUCCGGGAUGAGCAGUGCCGCGUGCGCCCCGGGGCCGAGGGACAGCCAGGCCGCCCCGCCCUGGCCCCGAGAGUGAUCAGCAGCCGUUACCGAGCCUUUUCAUGGUUCGCUUGGAUGGGAAUUAAUUCUGGGAUGGAUAAAUAAUGCAUUGAGGUUCGCGUAGUCCAAGGCAAGCCUUCGGUCGGGAGCAAAGGAGAGGGAGCCAAGGGAGUCUCGCCGGUAAAGCCAAGCAGCCAUGGGGGCCCGAGCGGGGCAGGAGGGGCAACUGGGCAAGAGGAAGAGAAAAGGGAAGUGGAUGACAGCAUGAUCGGCACAAGGACGCUGGCCUGGCGGCUUCUGAAAUAUGCUGAGCCCAAAGAUCAGGCAAGCCAGGAGGGCCCGCUCCAAAAGCCUGGUGAUGGGGGAGCAGAGCCGGAGCCCUGGGCGGCCGCCAUGCCCCCACAGGCUGGGUCCCAUACUGAAGGAGGGCUGGCUGAAGAAGCAGAGGAGCAUCAUGAAGAACUGGCAGCCGCGCUGGUUCGUGCUGCGUGGGGAUCAGCUUUUCUACUACAAGGACAAAGAUGAGACCAAGCCCCAGGGAUUUAUUUCUCUACAAGGGACCCGGGUGACUGAACUCCUUCCUGGCCCCGAGGACGCAGGGAAGCACCUCUUUGAGAUCAGCCCAGGUGGUACCGGGGAGCGGGAGAAGGUUCCGGCCAACCCCGAGGCGCUCCUGCUCAUGGCCAGCUCCCAACGUGACAUGGAGGACUGGGUGCAGGCCAUCCGCCGGGUCAUCUGGGCCCCACUGGGCGGAGGUACUGCCCGUAGAUCGCAUGCUCACCCUCUAGAACCCUUGCCUUCAGGAAUUUUUGGGCAGCGCCUGGAGGACACGGUCCACCACGAGCGGAAGUAUGGCCCCCGCCUGGCCCCGCUGCUGGUGGAGCAGUGCGUGGACUUCAUCCGGGAGCGUGGGCUCACUGAGGAGGGGCUCUUCCGCAUGCCGGGCCAGGCCAACCUGGUGAGGGACCUCCAGGAUUCCUUCGACUGUGGGGAGAAGCCACUGUUUGACAGCACAACAGACGUGCACACGGUGGCCUCCCUGUUGAAGCUGUACCUGCGGGAGCUCCCCGAGCCUGUGGUCCCCUUCGCCAGGUACGAGGACUUCCUCAGCUGUGCCCAGCUGCUCACCAAGGACGAGGGGGAGGGGACUCUGGAGUUGGCUAAACAAGUGAGCAGCCUUCCCCUGGCCAAUUACAACCUGCUCAGAUAUAUCUGCAAGUUUCUGGAUGAAGUUCAGUCCCACUCCAAUGUUAACAAGAUGAGUGUCCAGAACCUGGCGACCGUUUUUGGACCUAACAUACUCCGGCCACAGCUGGAAGACCCGGUAACCAUCAUGGAAGGCACGUCCCUGGUCCAGCACCUGAUGACUGUCCUGAUCCGCAAACACAGCCAACUCUUCACCUCGAGGGCCGAGGAGGGGCCGGCCUCCCCCCGGGGGGGCCCACCGUGUACAGUGGGGUGGGGCUCCGAGGAGAUCCCAAGGGACGGCCAGCCAGAGCCCGGCAGCCCCGGCACCCCCGGCCUGCCAUCACACAGGACCUCUUCUCUGGACGGGGCCACUGUGGCGGCGCUGUCUAGAACCUCCCCCGUGGGUCCGGGUGGCCGAGGCAGCCCCACCACUGCCGCCAGCCCCGGGAAGAAGGUGCAGACUCUGCCCAACUGGAAAUCUUCCUUCUGGCAGCCGGGGGCCCGGUCAGGGAGCCCGAAGGUGGGCAGCUCCUCCCUGGAGGUGCCCAUCAUCUCCUCCGGAGGGAACUGGCUCAUGAACGGGCUGUCCUCCCUGCGUGGCCACCGCCGGGCCUCCUCGGGAGAACGGCUCAAGGACUCUGGCUCUGCGCAGAGACUCUCCACCUACGACAACGUGCCCCCGCCCAGCGGCCUCUUUCCCAGCACUCCCAGUGUGGCCAGCACGGCAUGGUCGGGGGCCUCCUCCUGCGAGGCGUCGGCGGGGGGCUCGCUCAGCAGCUGCACAGCCUGCCGGGCCAGCGACUCGUCCGCCUGCAGCUCCCUGCCCACCGAGGGGGGCCUCGAACCCUCCCCUUUCCCCAGCAGCAGCGAGGACCGCAGAUCCCCGGACCUGGGCCGUGGCCCGGACGAGGUGGGCACCUGCAUCAGCAGCAGCGAGCCCAGUGACCCAGGCAGCCCCAGCCAGGACUAUGCCCGCUGCUCCGAGGCUCUCCAGGGCCUGGUCACAGAGCUCAGGGCGGAGCUGUGCCGGCAGAGGACUGAGUACGAGAUGAGUAUGAAAAGACUCGAAGAAGGUAGUGCCACUCUGAGGAAGCGAAUGUCGCAGCUGGAAGAAGAACUGGACCAGGAAAAGAAAAAGUACACGAUGCUGGAAAUAAAGCUGAGGAACUCGGAGCGGGCCCGGGAAGAUGCGGAGAAGAGGAACCAGCUGCUGCAGAAGGAAAUGGAGGAGUUCUUCUCAACCCUGGGAAGCCUGACCGUUGGGGCAAAAGGGGACAAGGCCCCCAAGUGAGGG